AUGCGCUCCAUCAUCUCCGCCAUCACCACGGCCCUCGCGCUAGCAUCCUCGUCGCUCGGCCAGGGCGUUCCCGACGAGCCCAUCUCCUUCUACGCGCGGCUGUACCACAACUCUUCGACCUGCGCCACCGUCACUGGCGGUCGCACAUCAGCAUACCUCGGCAGCAUGGGCAGCUGUGUCAACAUCAGCGUCAACGGGGGAGGGUCCGCCGAGAUCAUCGUCGGCGAGGUGACCAAGUACUUCUUGGCGGGCUGGACGGGCAGGGACUGCACCGGCCAGGUUGUGCUGGUCGAGAGCAACGUCCGGUCGUGUAUUGACUUUGGCGGAGUGGAUAUCCAGAGCUGGUCGAACGAUAUGAAGCCUUUUGGUAAAUGA